GUGCACUCAACUUCUGCACAGAGCUGUUUUGAAGAGCUAGUCAGGAGCAGAGACAGGCACAUAAAAAGUGUUCCAAUGAAAAGGGAAAAGUUUAGAUAGGGAUUACAGCAGGCCAAGAUAAGAGGCCUCGACUUGCAAGAGCACUAUCAGGUGAGGGGAAAGUGCAAAGGGCCGGUGUGAUAGCAUCGGUCUUUUGAACAGAAUGGGCCCCCUAGUGAGCAGCGCUGGAGUCUAUUUUAUCCUAUGUCUUUGGAGCUUUCUUUUUGGGCUUUCUUCAGUCUUCUGCCAGGAUCUGAGAGAAAGGGAUGCUCUGUGCAAUGCUGAGGGCUGUUAUGUGGUUUAUUUCCAGCGGAAAACUUUUCUAGACUCAUGGAGGGCUUGCAAAGAAAAGGGGGGCAACCUGGCCACAAUCAAACGCAGCGAGGAAGCCAAGACUAUUGCCUUUUUGUUUUCUACUGUGGAUUUAAGGUACUCAAAAACCAAGGUGCAGGUUUGGAUAGGCCUUCAGCGCCUGCCGAGACAAUGCACUGCUGCACGUCCGCUGCGGGGGUACUCCUGGACGACAGGUGACCAAGAUACGGAAUACACCAAUUGGCUCAAGGAUGACCCUCCUAGUAUGUGCUCUGUGCCACGCUGUGUUGCCAUGGGGUACAGCACAACUGACCCAGCCGACAACUUCAAAUGGAUAGAUGGUUCUUGCUCAGUUCCUGUUGAAGCUUAUCUCUGUUACUAUGGCUACCAGCAAAUGUGUGAUGCCCUGCCAAGCGAGGGGGCAGGCAGUGUGGUCUACACCACCCCAUUUAACCUUCUAAGCACUAUUCUGACACAUGUUCCCUUUGGUUCCGAGGCCAUCGUACCUUGUCCCAACGAAAAGCAGGAGACGGUUUUAUGCAUGCUCCAAGAUAAUGGCUUGGCAGGUUGGUCCAAAAACUCACCAAUUUGCCUUGACAUGCCCCUUCAAUACAACUGGUGCGACGAUGCCAAUGGCGGCUGUGAGCAUUUUUGUAAAGAGACGGGCGAGCAAUUUUUUUGUGAAUGCGCCGACGGUUACCAACUGGGACAAGAUGGGCAAAGUUGCGAGUUGCUUGAUGCAUGCCAAGAAGCGCCAUGUGAGUAUGAGUGCCUACGUCUUUCUGAUGGGUUCCGCUGUGCCUGUCCUGAGGGCUACAUGCUGGCACCGGAUGAGCGCAGAUGUGUGGACGUGGACGAGUGCUUGCAGAGUCCCUGUGAGCAACUCUGUGUCAAUGCCCUUGGUACUUUUCAUUGCAUAUGUCGCAAAGGAUACCUAGCAGGCGAUGACAGCGAGUGUGACGAUGUGGAUGAAUGUGCUAGUGACCCAUGUGAGCAUGCUUGUGAGAACACCCCGGGUUCUCAUAUCUGCCACUGCCAUCUGGGCUACUCCCCGCUGCCAGAGGACCCCAGCCGCUGCCAGGAUAUCGACGAAUGUCAGAUUGCUGGGACUUGCGAGCAGAUGUGUGUCAAUUACGAAGGUGGGUUUGAAUGCUAUUGUGAGGUGGGGUAUGCACUUAUGGAAGAUUUGUAUUCAUGUCAAAAGAUUGGUGAAAGGGAUGACCAAUAUGCUGCUACUCCUUCUUUCCCCUGGGCCACACACCAAACCCCUUCAACUGAAGACUAUGGACCAGAGGAAUAUGAAUGGACAAUACAGCCAGCUCACACUAACUGGCCCGCCGAGGUGGACCAAUCUCUUUAUUGGCUCACAGAUGCCCCCAAAGUUAAGGAUGAUGACAUCAUUUGGGUCACUAGGUUGCCAGAGGCGGAAAAUACAAAGCAAGCACUUAAUCUCCCAACAGAGGGCACUAUUGAGCCAGAAGAUAUUCAUCAUUCAGACCCUGACUUAUGGUUACAAGAGGGAAAGCAUUUACAGUCAGAAAUUGUUGCUACUACUACUAUCCCUACAAUAUCCCCGUCAACCUCUAUCUCUAGCACCCCAUCGGAUUGGUAUGAAGCUGAGGAGGAGACCACCACUGCUCACCCUAUACUACUGCCCACCUCCAACGUCUCAGCAGGUGCUCGGUGGGUUCCCAUUAUAACCCCUAUUACCACACGUGUAAACCAGGAUCCCUUCAUUGAUUAUAAGGCACCUCCUGACUAUGACUAUGAAGUACCCAUUGACCCUAGAGGGGAGGAACCAUACAACGUCACCUCUCAUUCCCUGGGGGCAGCAGAGGAGGAGGAAAUUGCAAAGGACUAUGAGGAUAUCACAGCAUCCUCUAAACCAUUUUUUCCCACGAAGUCCAACCCUCCUCUGGAUUCCUCAGGUGUUGGCAAUGGAGUUGAUUUGAAUUCUGUUCAAACUGACAGGGAGCAGAGCCAAAGCAGCACUUGGCUUUUGGUUGGCCUUCUUGUGCCUAUUUGCAUCUUCAUUGUGGUGAUGGUGGCCCUGGGCAUCGUCUACUGUACCAGAUGCGCUGCACAGUCCAGGAAUAACAAGAACACUACAGAUUGCUAUCACUGGAUCUCGGGGGCACAUGACAAACAGGGAGCUGCUAACCCUUCGGUAGGGGUCAAGACACACGUUUAAGUGAGAGUGGCGUUAAUGUAUACAAACUCUUCAGAGAGGUAAAUAAUGAGCCAGCUAUGGGACUAUUUGCUCAUACUUCUUGUUGACUUGACAGUGACGGAACACUAAAGACCAUUGACCUUGCCAUGUUUGCUAUGUGGAAUUAAAGACUGCUAUGAAACUUUAUACACUGAUCCGCAUAGCUAAUUGUAACAAGAUUGCACUGGGAAAUCCCAAAUCUUAAAUCGCUUGUGUUUUUACAGCAAAAACCAAAUUGUGCCUUCAAAAGUGUUCAAAGCUAGUUCUUUUGCUCACUGAGUACAACACUGUAUACAUUUGUUAUUGUCAAAAGGGAUUGGACUACAGUACCUUUAAUUGCAACCCUGAUAAGUCUGGUAUGUAUAAGUAAUUAUACUUUAGUAGUUAUACUUUUAGAGACUGUCAGAAUUUUUGGUCACUGCAAUCACAAUCAAUGAAAAUAGAUGCAGGUCCUUUUACAGACAGAUUUAAAAUACAUCCACUUCAUUGAAAACUUAAUGACUGAUGUUGAAAAUCACCGCAUCAUAUUUUGAAAACAUUGUAUAGACAUAGUGGUGUCAACAACACUUAAUUUAUUCAGAUCAUUUUGGUUAAUAGUCUUCAUAAAAUACCAAAAAUAUUAAAACAUUAAAAGUACACUGAGUAAUUGGUGGGGAGUUUAUUAUCUGCUUGUCUUUAUAGAUAUGUUAUUGCUUCGCCUGGAAUGUUACACAGUAUGGCAUUAAAAUUUGAGGUUUUAUUUUUGAAUUACAGGUGUUUUCAUCACUAAAAGAUACCAUGAAAAAACAUCCAUACUGGAGCUUUACCUCCAAGUCUCCAUGAAUAGAUUAGUUUAAUGUCCUACUGUGGAACAUCAAGGCAACAUUUCCAUGGAGACAACCAGAUAGCAUGGUAACAAGAAAAAUUUAAUUUUAAACUUUUAAACAAUGAUUUUGAAAUAGUUCUAAUCCAGGAUGCCAUGCUGAUGGACUCUGUACAUAUUCACCAGUGAAGACAGUGAAACUGAGUUGAAAAUACUGUUGAAAAAGACCAAAACGUUGGCCUUUCUCUGUAUAUAGCUGUUUUAUAUUUAUGUUUCUUUUGUAUGAGCCAUUCUUAUAAGUAACAACUUAAAGAUUUGAGUGAUGUGCUUGUGAUUUUAUAGACCCACAUAAAUUUGCCCUGAGGAAUGUCCACCAACUCGUCAUAAUAUUUUCCUUGUCGGCUUUGAUUGGUAAAGACUGCACAGAUGUUCUCACUGAGCUGUAAGGCCUCAUAGUUGACACUGACCUUGUUCAUGAGCGAUCCAUCCAUCGGCAGAUCCAUCUAAUUUAUUAACCCAGCCAGCAGUUUCUUGUCAAAUCCAACCACACAUGUUUUACAGCCGUGUUGAAUCAUAGCCGUGUGUGUUGGACUACUUUACGAUAGAGCAAAAGCAUGGAUUAAUAUAUCGUAAGAGGAAGUGUAUGAAACUGUUUUGCAAAGGUGUUCUCACGGGUGGCCUGGUACACAAGUAAGAAAUAAAGCACUUGCGAAACAGAGGAAAUAAAUGGGUUUUCUGAGUGCAAAUGGAACAGUGCAGUGAGUGGUGUGUUUAUUUAAUCCAAUGAAAAUUGAAAGUAGACGGAGUGUCCUUGUUGUGUCUUUGUCAG